AUGACACAAGAACCUGGGCAAAUUACCAGUCAAUCUUGCAAUGAAUUAAUAUCAACAGUUCACAAGAUGAACCUGAUAUUGAGUUACAUGAACAUGGAAGAAGAGGAAGAUAUGUGUGUUAAAAAUGUGGACAAAUAUGAUGGGAUGGCUGGAAGAAGUAAAGACAUAAUUGCAAAUGUGAUGAUUAACAAAAAAAUCACUGGAUUAGAGACAGAAAACACUAAAGAAAAUGAUAUUGAAAGUAAUGAAUCAAUUAGUGAGGUAGAUUAUCAAAAGUUGGAUGACUUGGAAGCUGAAGUCAACCGGUUGUUGUCAGAUAUGAAGAAUAGUGAUGGUGAAUCUGCAGAUGUCUGGUGUGGUAAUGAGACAUAUGAUUUUGUUAAUAAAGAGAUUAGUUUAAUUGAUUUUGAUGAAUCCGAUCAGAUGGAUGAAAGGGAACCUGAAAGCAUGUUUAAUGUGUUUAUUGAAAAAGAUUUAAUUGAUAUUGGUAGUGAAGUGAUCUUGUACGUUAAAUUCGCUGAAACAAAGUUUGAAACAAAUGUAGUACUAAAAAGAGAGGAGAUAGUGGAAGAUCUGUUGAAAGUAUUGAGGAAUGAUGACUCUGAUGAAUUUGAUUGUGAUAGUGAUUCAAAUAUACAACUUGAUAUUAAGAGUGGUGAUCAAAUAAUGAGAAGUGUAUUCAAUCGAGGAAAAGGGAUCAUUAGUAAAAAGUAA